CUGUACCUUUGUUUUGCAAAAAACGGACUCGAGUCCGGGAAGCCGUGAGCGAGAUUUUUUGACCGAGAAGAGCAAGGAAUCAUAUUGCGUCAUCAGCAUCGUUUAGCCAAGUUUCUCCAAUUGGUUGGCGCGAGCGCCAGCGGCACGGAAAGAUCCAGGCAAGGCAGUCGUGGAGGAGGGGCGAGCUCAGGCUCAGGCUGCAGAUACUGAUACUGCAGCCGCUGGAAAAAUGGCCAGUACUCCUUCAAGUGCGCCCAGUUCUGGUGCUGGAUUUGGAGCUGGAGCUGGGGCUGGUGCCGGCGCCAGCACACUGGAAGGAACCCUGAGCAAAUGGACGAACGUGAUGAAGGGCUGGCAGUACCGCUUCUUCGUGCUGGACGAGAAUGCGGGCCUGCUCUCCUACUACACGUCCAAGGAGAAGAUGAUGAAGGGCGUGCGACGCGGAUGUGUGCGACUCAAGGACGCCCUGAUCGGCAUCGAUGAUCAAGAGGAUAACACCUUCACAAUAACCGUCGAUCACAAGACUUUUCACUUUCAGGCGCGACACAGCGAGGAGCGGGAGCAGUGGGUGAGACGUUUGGAGGACACAAUACGACGCCACGCGAACCGCUCGCGUCUGUGGGACAGUCAGAGCGCCUUCUACAUCGCUGGCGGGUAUACCAAGGAGUCCAGCUAUGGCGGCAAACGGCCCAAUCACCUGGAGCUGCUAGCACGCCGCGUUUUCGAAGCGGAUGCCUACCUCCAGCUGAUGAUAGAGCAGACAAACUUGCUGGAAAAGCGCAUCGCGGAGCUGAGCGACCCCGACGAGCAGGCCAAAUGUAAAGCGCUACAGGACAACGCCAGUGCCAUGCUGGAUCACAUCAAGCACUCGAUUGUUAGCCUACAGAUUGCCAAAAACAUGGCCCAUCCCAUCAAUGGCAUAUACAACGGUCCCCAGGCAGCCCCCUCAACAACCUCCUCGGCCAGCGGGAUGUCAAAGGAUGUGUUAGCCGGCAAGGGCGAACCAGGGGACGACGAGGAUGAUUCAAUCACGGAAAAUGCCACCACAGCGCCCCUGGGUCUGGCUGUGCCCGAUACCUCAUACUCGAGCAGCGAAGGUGAAGAGGACUUUUACGAUGCCCACGAAGAUCCCUAUACCAGCCUAGGCAGCUCUCCGAUUGGCUGCGCCACGCGGGGCUUCGCAGAGCCCACAUCACCCACCCACGACGGGGAGGCCACUGGGCCGCCGACUGAGACGGUUACCAAGACACUGCCGGAAAUAGAGGAGAGCACUGCGGAUGGGGAUGCGGUGGCAAGCAGGGCAACCAAGUCGUCCAAGAACUCGAUGAGCUCUCGCAGCGACAGCUACGACAAUGGCAUUGACUAUGACGCACUGUACGAAGAGGAGGAGGAGAAUGACCUCAGCAUGGAGGCGCACGGCUCGAUGAUCACCCAUCUGUUGUCGCAGGUAAAGAUUGGCAUGGACCUCACCAAGGUGGUCCUGCCCACCUUCAUCUUGGAGCGUCGUUCUCUGUUGGAGAUGUAUGCCGACUACUUCGCCCAUCCCGAUUUGUUUCUAAAAAUCUCGGAGCUGGACGACCCACGCGAUCGAAUUGUCCAGGUCUGCCGCUGGUAUCUGAGUGCCUACCACGCCGGACGCAAGAGUGCGGUGGCCAAGAAGCCCUACAAUCCCAUACUGGGUGAAGUCUUUCAAUGUCACUGGGAUCUUCCUGACGAAGUUCAGGACACUAACGAGGUGCACGACGGCCCAGUGCCCUGGUGCCGGCGGGAUCAGCUAACCUUCUUAGCGGAGCAGGUGUCCCAUCAUCCGCCAAUUUCGGCCUUCUAUGCUGAGCAUUAUAAUAAGAAAAUCACUUUUGCGGCCCACGUCUGGACAAAGUCAAAGUUCUUGGGCCUCUCCAUUGGCGUGCACAACAUUGGCGAGGGCGUCGUCACCCUGGUGGACCGCAGCGAGGAGUAUAUUGUAACCUUCCCCAAUGGCUACGGGAGAUCUAUAUUAACGGUGCCUUGGAUUGAGCUGGGCGGCUCUGUGGAAAUCAAAUGUCCACAGACAGGCUACCAUGCCAACGUGGAGUUCCUCACGAAGCCCUUUUAUGGUGGCAAGCGCAACAAGGUCUCCGCAGAGGUCUACGCGCCCAACGAUAAGAAACCUUUUGUGUCCAUAGCCGGCGAGUGGAGCGGACUGAUGGAGGCCAAAUGGCAUGAUAAGAAUAAAACCGAAGUAUUCGUUGACGUAAAUCGCAUACCAAUAUUUAAGAAACAAGUUCGACCAAUCGUUGAGCAGGAUGAAUACGAAUCGCGACGCGUUUGGAAGGAAGUGACAGCGGGACUCAAAUUUAACGACAUUGAACGUGCCACCAAUGCCAAAUUUGUUGUGGAACAGCAGCAGAGGGAUCAAGUCAAGAUGCGCAAAGAAUACGACCUGGCCUGGGAGCACAAGCACUUCAAGCCCGUGGGCGAAAACUGGAUCUACGCGAAGUCGCUGAGUCAGCGCAUCUAUUUGCAGGAGAAGGAGGCCAGAAGAUAAUGCAUACAACUGAAGGCGGCAGAGAAGACAUUAAGAGAAACACCAAAAAUGUUUAUAUAUAUAUAUGAUUCAUAUCAAGAACGAGCCUCAACUAUAUGUAAAAUUUCCACAAGUGCGCAAACCUCUGAACACUGACGAUACAACGUAACAUAUGCAGGAAACGAUGGAGCAACAGAAUGUCGGGACAGAAUUCGCGGGAGAUGGUUUUACCUCUAGAGUCUGUCUAUUAAGUGUAAAUAAUAUACCCAGAAGCAGAAAUAAGAAAAGCAUAAUCCAAGGCAGGACAAACGACGGAACGAUCGAUUGAAGAGGAAAGCUAAGCUCUUCUGAAACGGGUUGCAAUACAUGAGUGAUACUUGAGAGCGGCGGACACUCACUAGAAACUAUCUACACACAAUAAACACAAUUAUUAUUUCCUAAGUACUAGUGUGUUUCAAAGGCAAUCGCAGUAAACUGCAAAACAAAGAACACCAAUUCAAUACCUUUUACAUUACUAACAAACUAACUAAAAGUAACAGAAAUGGAAACCAAUACCAAUACCAAUAGUGGGAUAUAUCAAACGUUGUAGAAUAUGAAGAAUAGAGAUUUAAGGAUAGAAAUUCUAUUUUUGAAAUAAAAGACUCUGCUAUAGACGAAAUACAAUACUGAUAGGAAUGUAUGUAUGUAUGUAUCUGCAUCGAUACAGCAUCUAAUGCUUGUUUCUAAAACCGAACCCAACACACACACCAUGCACAACGAUAAUGAUUUGUCCUUGCAUAGUUUUUAUAUCCAAUACGAUUAUAUUAUAUAUAUACACACCUCUACUAGUAUUAUGUUUCGAAUUCCAAUUGUCACAAUGAUGAAUAAAGCUUUACUAACAGCCCGCUGCUAACACUCCAACGAAA